CCUCGCCCCCCAUCACAAGACACCAUGGCCGACUCUGCAAAGUACGGCGGCGUACUCGACGCGCACCGCGCCACGAUUGGGGGGUGGGAGUUCUCGCGCGUUGCCUCCGAGACCGAGCCCGAUGUCCAGGAGGAAUGGGCGGGCUGCGCCGUCCCGACCAGCGUGCAGGUCGAGCUCAUCAAGGCCGGCAAGAUCCGUGAUCCGUACAAGGGACUCAACGAGUGGGACUGCCAGUGGAUCCACGAGUCCGCAUGGACGUUCCGCACGACAUUCCACGCCACGGCGGCGCAGCUCGCCGCGCCGCACGCCGACCUCAUCCUCGACGGCCUCGACACCUACUGCACCGUGCUCUUGAAUGGCAAGGAGAUCGCCAAGACGGACAACAUGUUCCUCUCGCACCGGAUCAGCGUCACGCGGCAGCUGAAGGAGAAGAACUCGCUCGAGCUGCGCUUCGCCGCGCCCCUCCUUGAGGCUAAGAAGGAGGAGGCGGCCAACGGCGGGCCUAUGGCGCUGUGGAACGGCGACUCAUCCCGCCUCUACUCGCGCAAGGCGCAGUACGGGUGGGGGUGGGAUUGGGGACCUGUGAUCAUGACGAUCGGGCCCUGGCGGCCGGUGUUCCUCGAGACGUACGGGGUGCGGCUGGCCAACUUGCGCAUUGACAGCACGCUGGCUGAGUGCGAUGGGAAGUGGGAUGCAGCGGCGCUCACUGUGUCCGAGCUCGACGUGAUCCCCGCCAUGCCCGCCGGCGCUAAGCUCGCGUACACGCUCACGGACGGCGCUGGGAGCGUCGUCAAGUCCGAGGUGACGGACAGACCUCGUUGGGAUCUUAGUGGCAAGGUCGAGGCGUGGUACCCCAUCCACUAUGGCGGACAGCCGCUGUACUCGCUUGAAGUUGCGCUGCUGGACCGCGACGGCGCGGUCAUCGCCAGAACGACACAGCGCACCGCGUUCCGCCACGUCAAGGUUGUGCAGGAGCCGCUGCCGGAUGCGCCGGGCUCGUCGUUCCUCUUCGAAGUCAACGGCGUGCGUGUGUUCUGCGGCGGCUCAAACUGGAUCCCCGGCGACAACUUCCUCACGGAGAUGCCGGAGAGCCGGUACCGCGCCUGGAUCGACCUGCUCAUCAAGGGCAACCAGAACAUGCUCCGCGUGUGGGCGGGCGGCAUCUACGAGGCCGAGGCGCUGUACGACGCAUGCGACGAGAAGGGCGUGCUUGUGUGGCAGGACUUCAUGUUCGGCUGCGGAUUGUACCCUUCGUACGAGAAGAUUAACGCGAGCAUCAAGGCCGAGGCGGAGCAAGCCGUGCAGCGGCUGCGCACGCACCCCUCUGUCAUCAUCUUCGCCGGCAACAACGAGGACUACCAGGUCGCGGAGGAGAAGAAGGUCGUCGACUACGACGACAACAGCGGCGACUACAUGCACACCAAGUUCCCCGCUCGGCACAUCUACGAGAUCCUGCUCCCCGAGGUCGUCAAGCGCUGCUCGGACAUCUUUUACUGGCCCUCGUCGCCGUAUGGCGGCAAGACGUCGGGCGACCUCACCGUCGGCGACGUGCACCAGUGGAACGUGUGGCACGGGACACAGGAGCCGUGGGCCAACUGGGACAAGCUGGCGGGCCGCUUCGUCUCCGAGUUCGGGAUGCAGGGCUACCCGAACCUGCGGACGGUGAAGGAGUGGUUCGAGAAGGGGCAGGAGGACCAGAUGUUCCCUCAGAGCCGCAUCAGCGUCAACCACAACAAGGCGGAUGGGUUCGAGCGCCGCCUCGAACUCUACCUCAUGGAGAACUUCCGCCACGCCUUCGACAUGCCCAGUUACGUCUACUACACGCAGGCGAUGCAGGCCGAGACGCUCGGCGCCGCCUACCGCCUCUGGCGGCGCAAUUGGAAGGGUCGCGGGCGCGAGUACACGUCCGGCGCGCUGGUGUGGCAGAUCAACGACUGCUGGCCGUGCGUGUCGUGGGCCAUCUGCGAUUACUACCUGCGGCCAAAGCCAAGCUUUUAUGCUAUCGCACGCGAGUUGCGACCCUUCACGGUCGGUAUGGCGCGCAAGGAGGUGCGCACGAACGCGAGCGAGAUGAGCCUCGCGCACUAUACGAUCGAGCACGAGCUCGAGCUGUGGGCAUGCAACUCGACGCUGGAGAGCAAGAAGGCGACGAUCGAGCUCGUCAGCUUUGAUCUCGACGCGGGCGAGGUCGCGCGCAGCUCGUUCGACGUCGAGCUCGCGCCGAAUGCCAGCACGGAGGUAUGGAAGGGCACCGUGCCGGGACAGGAGACGCGCACGUCGCUAUCGCAGGUGCCGCGGCCGAUCGUCGUCGGCGCGCGCCUCCUCGCCGAUGGAGAGGUGCUUGCGCGCUAUGCCAACUGGCCUGAACCGUGGAAGUACCUCACGUUCCCGGAUCCAGGGCUCAAGAUCGCCGUCAAGGGGGAUGAGGUUACAGUGACGGUCGAGAAGCCCGUCAAGGGUCUUGUGCUCGACGUCGACGGUGACGAGUGCGACUGGAGCGACCAGGCGCUCGACCUCAUGCCGGGCGACCCGCAGGUCGUCACUGCCAAGGGGUUGAAUGGGCGUGAGGUCAAGGCGCGGUACAUUGGUGACGGGUCGGCGUAGUCAGGCGUAAACGAGUCAGCCACGGCGAGGAGUGCAAGUAGAACCAGCGUACAUUGUGACAUGCUAUGAUCCAUAUCUCAUCG